AUGCAAACACAUAACAAUCAGGGAUCGAUACCUCCAGAAUUGAUUAAACAGGAAGAAAUUUCACUUAUAAAUAAUAGUAAUCAUAAUUCGGAUAAUGAUACUCGACAGAGCAGUAAUGCUAUUAAUAAUAAUGGUAGUAGAAUAGAUGAGAUAAUAAGACGAGAGAGUGAUAUAAUACAAUUGAUUAGACAAGGUGAUGAUUUAUUGACACUCACUGAAGGAGAAAGCGGUGCUACAGGAAGCAUUAACGUUGAUACUGAUGUAGAUGCAAAAUAUUUAUCACAUAUAAGUCCGAUUGGUUCACCUGUACACCGUGAACGAGUAAGUGAUAUGGAUUUAUUAAGAGAUAAAUUCGAUGAUGUUAUAAGGCAAUUUCAUAAUGAGGAAGCUACUAAUAACGAUAAUAACAACAAUAAUAAUAAUAGUAAUAAUGUUAGGGGAGGAGAUGAUAAUAUUACUAAUAAAGAUGAGGAUGAUGAAGAUAUUGAUGAUAAAUUUGUAUUAGAGGAUCACCAGGGAAAGAGUAAGAAAUUUUAUGAAGAAAAUAAUAAUAAUAAUAAUAUUAGUGGUAAUAAUAAAAAUGGAACAUCAAGUUUUAAAGAAAUGAUCCCGCCUGAGAAUUUUAGUCAUGUUGUUGGUGAAAUAUAUAGAAGCAGUUUCCCAAGAGUUGAAAAUUUUGAUUUUUUAAUGAAAAGAUUGAAAUUAAAAUCCAUAUUAGUAUUAAUCCCAGAAGAAUAUCCUACAGAAAAUUUAGAAUUUAUGAAUCAAUCAGGUAUUAAAUUAUUUCAAGUUGGUAUGAGUGGUAAUAAAGAACCAUUUGUUAACAUACCGUCUAAUUUAUUAACUAAUGCGCUGGAGAUUGUAUUAAAUCCAGAGAAUCAACCAAUUUUAAUACAUUGUAAUAGAGGUAAACAUCGUACUGGUUGUUUAAUUGGAUGUAUUAGAAAAUUACAAAAUUGGUCAUUAACGAUGAUAUUUGAUGAAUAUCGUAGAUUUGCAUUUCCUAAAGCUCGUGCAUUAGAUCAACAAUUUAUAGAAAUGUAUGAUGAUAGUGAAAUAACUAGAAUAGCUGAACAAAAUAAAUGGUUACCAUUACAAUGGUAG